UAUUAUUGUUGUUGUUGCAUUUAUUGACGUAGUAUAAUCAUUGAUGAAAUAAUAUAUGUAUUUAUGUAGAAUUUAACCUGAACAUUAGCAAAAUAUUAAAGAAUAUUUACAAUUUUGCUAUUCUGUUUAUAUGAUGUGUGUGUGCACAUGUAUGUAUUCCAGAAGAAUUAUAUAUCAUUGAAUACGUAUCAUUGUGAUAAUACACAUUGCAAUUUAUAAGAAAACACAUACAUCAUAUUAAAUAUCUCUACAACUUUAAAUCAAGAUGCAUUAUGGAAAGAAAUCUCCCAGUAUGGGAACACCAUCUGUAUAUUCUCAUGUAACUACUCGCAGCAGUGCAAAUCUUAGAUCGUCAAGAUCUGCUCGCAGCGUAAAAAUUCCAUGGUAUCAGAAAACAAAACUGACACAUGCUUUUAUAUUCGAUAUUCAAAGGGGUGCUAUGUUUACUGCUAUAUUUUCAUUGUGUCUGGCCUUUUUCACAGUGUGUACAGCUAUUUUUGAUAUCUACUGUCUGUCACAAGCUGCACCUGGUUCUACGCAUUAUGGAUAUUACAUCAUAUCAUAUGAAUUUGUUUAUGUAGGCAAUCAACAUGUUCGUAAUGCAUUAAUUGUAUUUGCAUUGUUCUCCAUGUUGGGUGGAAUAGUUGUCUUUGUAACUUCCUUGAUGUUGAUCACAGCUUUACGGAAAGAAUAUGAAAAGAAAAUAGUACCAUGGCUGUAUAGUUUUGCCAUAUUCACUCUUUUCAGACUAUUUGCUUUUAUAUUUUUUAGCAUUGUAAAUGAUAUGAUAUUUGCCUAUAAUAUCAUAAUGUGUCUUCUAUGGAUAAUAUUUAUCUGCAUUUCUGCAUAUGGUUGGCUUGUCAUCUAUUCUUUAUAUCUUGAAUUGUCCGAUUUAACAAGAUUAGAGGAUCUUGCUCAUUUGCGGAUUGGUACAAUGCAAUCUUUAAAUGCAUCAACGACACAUUCUAUUGCUGGUUCUCGACCAACAACGCCUCAUAGCGUAGUAUCUACUUUGCCUGUUAAGUAAAUCUUACAUAAUAUAUAAAACUUAUUCAUAAUAAUUUUAUAUAUAUAGUGGAUAAAAAUAGUAUUUUUUUGGACGUUUUUUUUCUUUUUUUGAGAA